UUGUCUUUGCCUGUGCGAGCCUCGCUUCUAAACCACUUGAUCGCGGCCUCACCUCACUUGCAGAGCUCAGUUAGCUUGCGGUUCUUGUCACUCACACUUCCCCCAUAUAUACCCGACCAUAUAUACCCACCAGGCGACCAUUGAUCGGGAGGAAGCAACCGUCGAUCGAUCGACCAUAUAUACAACCAUCGAUGUUCCCUAGCUUAGCUCGAUCGUUGAAGUAGCUACAAGGCCGGCCAGCUGCUGCCGCAGACGAAUCAAUGGAACGUCCGUCGUCCGGCGGCGUGGGGCAGCCCAAGCUCCGCAAGGGGCUGUGGUCACCCGAGGAAGACGAGAAGCUCUACAACCACAUCAUCCGGCACGGCGUAGGCUGCUGGAGCUCCGUCCCCAGGCUGGCCGGGCUGCACCGCUGCGGCAAGAGCUGCCGCCUCCGGUGGCUCAACUACCUCCGCCCCAACCUCAGGCGCGGCAGCUUCUCGCAGCAGGAGGAGGACCACAUCAUCGCGCUGCACCAGAUCCUCGGCAACAGGUGGUCUCAGAUCGCGUCGCACCUGCCGGGCCGGACGGACAACGAGAUCAAGAACUUCUGGAACAGCUGCAUCAAGAAGAAGCUCCGCCAGCAGAGCAUCGACCCGGCCACGCACAAGCCCAUGGGUGCCACGGCCACCGCGGCAUUGCCGGACGCCGAAGAGGAAGACCGUAAGACCCUUUCCGCGGCGGUCGACGGCAGCCUCGCUCCGAAGCAGCAGGCGGUGUUUGAUCCGUUCCCGGUGUGCGCCGAUUACAGCGGCUUUGCAGAGGACCUCAGCGCGGCGAGCGCUGCGGCAUUGUAUGGCCAGUUCGGCGGCGGCAAGGAGGGCGCGGACAACGACGCCGGGUUCGGCGCGGGCGACUACAGCUGUGUGCUGAACGUGUCGGAGAACCUGGGCUACGGGGAGAGCUCGAGCAACAGCAGCAACUGGAACUACGGCGGCGAGGUUGGAAGCGCGCUCGACGGCGAGGUACUGCACUGGGCAAAGGCGGAGAUGGAGCACAAGUUUUCGCUGCCCUGCCCAGAACAGAGCCUGCUCGCAAAUUUCGAAUUCAAUUUGGAACAAUACUUCUGAUCUUUUGUUUCUUUCUCCCUCCAUUUUUUAAGAGAUAAGUGUCACAUCAUAAAUUCGGAAGUUAGUAGGCAAAUUACUUUGCUUCAUCUAGCACGCUGAAAAGUUUACAAGAACGGACACAACGUACAAACUUUCACGUGAUUGUAUUUUUAGGGCAGUUGGGCGGCGCGGUGGAUCCUGGCAAGGGCCGGUGAGAGGGUUCCGUUUUUAGUCGUUUUUUUUAAUUUUAUUAAGGUUUGUGUCCUGCUUAGAAAGGCAAGACGGCGGCGGCUCUCUGGAGAUGACACAAAGGUCUCCCCGUCUAGCCCCCGUAACGGCGAUGCGUCUAGCAUCGUUGGUGGGCGUAUGGAGGUGUAUCUUCGGUGAAUUUAUCUUUGCUGGAUUUGCUCGGAUCUCGUCGUUGUUUGUCUAUAUUAGUGUGUCUUCGGAAUGGAUCCUUCCUAUCUACGUUAUUUUUUAUCGGCGGCGGUUGCUGUUCUGGUGCGCUGGUCCUAUGCGGCCUUAGCACGACGACUUCCCGACUGUCCACUACAACAAAUUGUGCCCGACUCCGGUGAUGGAGCGGCGAUAAAGAAGGCUUGCCUUCGGCUCGCUUCAGUGCUUGUAGUCGUCGCUAGUUGAUCUACGGAUCUGGAUGUAAUUUUUAUUAUUUAUAUUGUUCGUUGUACUACCAUGAUUGAAAAUGAA